GUUAAAACGUUAAUAUUACAGUAGCUCAACGCCAGUUUGCUAAUAUGCCGGUUAGCGUAAACCUGCCAGAAAAUCCAAGAAGCAGAGAAAGCAGAACGCAAGCUUGUUUUUGCUUGGCAAUAGACACUUGCUUUGUAGCGUCAAUAUGUCAAUAUGUCUAUGACAGAUAUGUCCGGUGUACUUGAUAUCCUCCGGCUGCUGUAUCGGCACACACAGACAUUGGAUGAGUUUGCGGACAGCAUCGUGUUCAGAAAUGGACAGAGAGCAGUUCUUACUGAGCCGUCUGACACUAAGCUCUUCAAGUCAUUCGCCAGGAGUGUUUAUGUUUGCUUUGACAAAGAGCUACAGCAAGUGCCAAGCUUCAACCAGAUCUGCACUCUGUCCGAACUUCUGGCCUUUGUCCUCAACAGUCUGAAAAGAAAACGAAAGAAAAACGUCUUGACCCAUGGCUAUAAUAAUUUUUCCCUGGCUCAGGAGGAUAGGGAUGCAGACCUCUUCAAGUUCCAAGGGGAUGUCACUCAAAAUGCAGCCUACAUCCUUGGCAGUGACCUCUGGAUGAAAGUGUCAAUACGUCUUGGGACAGACAUCAUGAGGUACCUGUUGGAGAGCUGCUCUGUGUUUGUGGCAGUUCCUCCUUCAUGUGCUUUCCAGUUGUGCGGCGUUCCAGUCUAUGAUAAGGUGUCCAUGACCACUCACUCCAGUGGGUUUCAUCUGCAGCCUCAAUCCAAGAAGAGGAGACGCACAGUUGAGUAUCCACCUGUCGGCAAGGAGAAGAAGAGGAAGAGAGAGGAUGUAGGGCGAAAGAAGAGGAAAAGAAAGAGGGAAGGUGAUCAAAGGCCAGAGGAGGAGGUUUGGACUCCUUCAAGUAAGAAGAGACGGAUAGAACAUCAGGAACACCAACUGGAUAUCCACCAAGUGUGCUGUAAAACAUUAGGGGAAGGACCACCCAUAUUUGCAGAAUCAUCACCAUCUAUGACAAGUGUGGAAAAUAACACUACUGCGGUCAAACAGUUCGUUGAAAUGCCAACAACCCGGCUUUUAUUGGAUGGGGGUUCCAGCUGGAGACCAGGAAUUUUUCCCUCUUUGCCUCCCUCACAAUAUUUCAUCCGCACACUGAGAUUCCUGUACGGGGGAAAAGGCAUGCAUGGCUUUAUUCUGAACAGGAAGAAAAAGAGUGCUGAUGGAUCUAAAAGGCUGCAAGGGAAAGAUGUGGUAAGAUUAGUUUUUUUUGAGGGACUGCCAUAUUCAAAUGGGCUGGAAAAGAAGCCAAAGAAACUACCUCGACGUUUUUUCAACAUGGUUCCCCAGUUUAGUCAGUUGUUACAACAACACAGAAGAUGUCCAUACACAAGAAUACUCCGGAGGAUGUGCCCAGUGGUUGAGAGGAGCAACGCAGGUCAUGGAGAACUGAACUCCCUCUUACCUCAGUACUGUGCACCUCACAGAGUCUACUUGUUUGUCAGGGAAUGCCUCUCCAUUGUGAUCCCACAGGAGCUGUGGGGCUCGGACCACAACCGGCUUCAUUUCUUUGUCAGUGUCAGGAGGGUCUUGCACAGUGGAAAGUUUGAUAGGCUCUCCCUAGCAGAAGUGAUGUGGAAGAUGAAGGUGAAUGACUGUGAUUGGCUGAAGAUCAGUAAAACAGGUCGCGUCCCACCUAGUGAGCUCGCCUAUAGGACGCAAAUCUUGGGGCAGUUCUUGGCUUGGCUUCUGGAUGAAUAUGUUGCAAGCCUUGUCAAAGCUUGUUUCUAUGCUACUGAGACUUUGGGGCAGAAGAAUGCCAUCAGGUUCUACAGGCAGGAAGUGUGGACUAAACUGCAGGACUUGGCUUUCAGGGGUCACUUGUCCAAAGGCCAGAUGGAGGAGCUGACUCCAGCUCAGGUAGCAUCCCUCCCGAAAAGCACCGUCAUCUCCCGCCUUCGCUUCAUUCCCAAGACUGAUGGCAUGAGGCCACUCACACGAGUCAUAGGAGAAGAUGCCAAGACAAGGCUUUUCCAAAGGCACGUCCGGGACUUGCUGGACACACUGCGGGCCUGUGUACACUUGACUCCAUCACUGCUUGGCUCCACAGUGUGGGGUAUGACGGAUAUCCAUAAAGUUUUGAGCUCUGUAGCACCAGUACAAAAAGACAAACCACAACCCCUCUAUUUUGUUAAGGUGGAUGUGAGCGGAGCCUUUGAGAGCUUGCCACAUGAAAAAAUCAUAGAGGUGAUUGGCCAGGCCAUGUCACCUGUACAGGACGAGCUCUGUGCUAUUCGUCGCUACGCCAAGAUCUGGGCAGAUAACCGCGAAGGCCUGAAAAAAGCAUUUCUCAGACAGGGAGAUUUUGUGAAGGAUAACGUGGGCUCCACCAACAUGAAGGGGUUUUUAAUGUCACAGCAGAAAAAAGGCAAAAUUCAUCAGGCCAUCCUGGUAGAGCAGUAUUUCUGCUCAGAUCUUCACUGCAGGGAUAUGCUCCAGUUCUUUAACCAAAUGCUGACUGGCAGUGUUGUUCAGCAUGGGAAGAAAACAUACCGUCAGUGCCGAGGGAUUCCUCAGGGAUCUGUCGUGUCCAGUCUGAUCUGCUGUCUGUGUUACGGUCACAUGGAAAAUGUUUUGUUCAAAGACAUUGCUAAAAACAAAGGGUGUUUGAUGAGACUGGUGGAUGACUUCCUUUUGAUCACCCCACACCAAGGCGAAGCACAAACCUUUCUCAAGAUCUUGCUGGCUGGAGUACCACAGUAUGGUCUGGUGGUCAACCCCCAAAAGGUGAUGAUCAACUUUCCAGUGCCAGAAAGUGUGUGCUCUUGUCCAGACAUUCGUUUGCUUCCCCCUCACUGCCUCUUCCCUUGGUGUGGACUGCUGGUGGACACCCACUCACUGAACGUCCAUAAAGACUAUACCAGCUACGCCGGCCUGUCUCUGCGCUACAGCCUUACUCUGGGCUCUUUCCACUCAGCUGGACAGCAGAUGAAGAGGAAACUGAUGGUUGUCCUCAGACUCAAGUGUCAUGCCUUGUUCUUGGAUCUGAAGACCAAUUCUCUUGAGGCUGUCUACAAGAACAUCUACAAGCUGGUGCUACUGCAUGCGUACAGGUUCCAUGUGUGUGCCCAGAGUCUGCCCUUUGGUCAGACAGUUGCUAAGAAUCCUAUGUUCUUCCUGGAGAUGAUAUGGGACAUGGCGCAGUAUGCCAAUAAGCUCAUCAGAUUCAGCAACAAAGGAAUGAUACUAGGCAGUAAGACCCAGAUAGGCAUCAUGCAGUAUGAAGCAGUGGAGCUGAUUUUCUGUCUUUCCUUCUUACUGGUGCUGUCACAGCACAGUACUCUCUAUAAAGAUCUGCUCCCACACCUGCACAAACGGAAGCGGAGUCUGGAACGGCGUCUGGGAGAUCUGCGGUUGGCCAGGGUCCGACAGGUCACUAACCCCAGGACCCCAGUCGACUUCUUGGCCAUCCAGACAUAGACUGCAAACUAGUCCUAGUAACAGUUUCCAACACCAGAAAUGUAGCUGGAGCAGAAAGGUAUGAGAAUGUUCUCUGUUUAGUUUUCUCUGUUUAGUCCAGCUUCCCUGAAAUAUCAAUGUUGUAAGUUAUGGUCUCUAAAAAUGGGAUGUAGGCGCUUCUCAGAGAUGAGCUGUGUGUUGAAAUCAGUCAUUUGGAUUUGUCUGUGUGGCAAAGCAUCUAUCUCAGAGUGAAAAAUGACAAAUGUCAAUCAGAACACUACCCUAGAAAACAAGAACCAGAUCCAUAAAGAUGGAUAACUGAAAAUUAUCCAGCUACUGUGCUUCAGUUGGUGCAAUCUUUAUGGAUAUUAAUUUGGUAGUUCAGUUUUCACUUGGAAAAUAAUUCAUGUGUAACUAAAUACAUCAUCACCCUGCUGAAGUGUAGUCAAAUCAUUUUUGUACAGGGUGAUGCAUUUGUAGUUAUGUUACACCAGUGAUAAUCUUUUAAAAGUCGUCCAGAAAGCUUAACGUGUCUUUUAGUGACGUUUUUUGAUUUAUAAUAAGGUGUGUUUAUGUGGAAAUGUACAGGUUUGCAAAUGUGGAAUCAUAGUGUUUCAGUAUGAUGUGGUAUAUUUUGUUAUUCACAAGGAAAAAUUUUUACUUCUAAAUAAAUCCAGUUUUGUUUUUGAG